AUGCCAGUAAAUCCAUCGACACAGAUUGUACCUCUGAUGCCUUCAUGGGCAUGGUUACUUCAAGCACAGAGUGCCACCAUGACUGCCUGCAAUGCGACGCAGGGCCACCCUUCUUUCUUCAUUCUCCAAGGCAUUCCUGGGAUGGAGGACAAACACAGAUGGAUAUCUAUUCCCUUCUCUUCCAUGUACUUGGUCACCAUGCUGGGGAACUGCACCAUCCUCUUCACCAUCUUCACAGAGCGCUCCCUGCACAAGCCCAUGUUCUUGCUCCUCUGCCUGUUGGCCCUCACGGACCUGGGCAUGUCCACAACCACCAUACCCAAGGUGCUUUGCAUUUUCUGGUUUGGCCAGAGUGAGAUCAGCUAUGAAGCCUGCCUGGUCCAGCUGUUCUUCAUCCACUCCAUCUCUGCCAUGCAGUCGGCUGUCUUGAUGACCAUGGCCUUUGACCGUUAUGUGGCCAUCUGUGAGCCCCUGCGCUAUGCCACCAUCCUUUCCAAUAGUCGCAUUGGGCUCAUUGGCCUAGUGAGUUUGGUGAGAGCCAUUCUCUUUAUUCUCCCCAUGCCUCUCCUUCUCCACCAGAUGCCCUACUAUGCCCAUCGCAUCAUCCCCACCACCUACUGUGAGCACAUGGCUGUGGUGAAGAUGGUGUGUGUGGACACCACCGUCAACCGGAUAUAUGGUCUGGUGGUGGCCUUGCUGGUUGCUGGGCUUGACAUCUCAGCUAUUGCCUCAUCUUACGUGCUGAUCAUCCAGGCUGUCAUGCGACUGUCUUCUAAAGAAGCCCACCACAAAGCAGUCAACACCUGCACCACACACAUCUGCGUCAUGCUUAUCUCUUACACUCCCUCACUUUUCUCUUUUCUCACUCACCGCUUUGGCAGAGGCAUUCCACCCCACGUUCAUACGAUUCUUGGUAAUCUCUACUUCCUUGUACCUCCAAUGCUUAAUCCUAUUAUUUAUGGAGUGAAAACCAAGGAGUUUCGGGACAAAGUAACCAAAUAUGGCUGCUGGAGAAAGGAGCCCAUAACUAUCGCCCAUGGUCAGAAACUUGUCUGA